GUGGCGCGUGCCCUGUCGUAAGUGUAACCAUUACGUACCCUUUGAGGCUCCUAAAUACUCUUCCGAACGCAUGUGACCAGUUGUUGUGUCGCGUGUAACCUAGAUUGACGCAGCGACGGAGGGGCAGCCUGAGGGACCGAACACCGAUUCCUGGAUAAUGUCUGAGGGCGGCAGUCGAGGCGACGUGGCAAUGAGAGUGAUCGCGAAAGUACACAGGCCGGGGGUCACGCCGGAGGAGAUGGUGGUCGGCUACAACGAGUGGUCCGAGAACUACGAGGAGAUGAUGAUCUGGAAAGGCGGGUACCGUGGCCCCGCCAUCACGCUGGAAGAGGCGCUGCGUUGGGUACCCCCGGAGCGGCGAGCUAAGGCCAGGGUGCUGGACGUGGCCGCUGGGACGGGCUGCGUGGGCCGCGAACUCCACCGGGAAGGCUUCAGGCACAUAGACGCUGUGGACCCGUCGGAGGGCAUGAUGAAGCAGCGGGAGACUGGCAUCUAUACCAACGACUUCCUGGAGUUUAUCGGCAGCGGACACUCCACCGUGCCCAAAGGAGGCUUCGUGAUCAUCGUGAUGCGCCAUGAGUUCCUACAGACCGUGCCUUCAUACAAGGACAAGCUGGAGCCUUACAUGGACCAGCUGGAGGCGGACGGGAAGUGGAAGAAGGUAGGGAGCACCGUUGCCAGAUUAUCGUACUCAGAGCAUCGUAUUUACCGUUUUUUGACACCUAACUAUUGCCAAGAAACAUCGGGAAUUAACUAUUUUAACGAUAGAUAUAAAUGAAUCUAGUUAUUGAGCCCCAGGAGACAUAUUUGAAGUCG